GAUCAACAUCUUUGGAGUGGUGCUCUUCUUACGGACUGGCUGGCUUGUGCACCCGGAGGAAAUCCAGGUGAACACGGGGAGAACAUGCAGACUCCACACAGAAAUGCCAACAGACCCAGCUGAGGCUCGAACCAGCGACCUUCUUGCUGUGAGGUGAUCGUGCUACCCACUGUGCCACUGUGACGCCCCAUAAGCACAAACUUAAUGAUUCAAAAACAUUUUAAGAAAAAUCAUUUGACCAGUAGUCGUGUGCUUUUUUUGUGCUAUUAAAGGGAUAGUUCAACCAAAAGUGAAAAUAUACUUACUAUUUACUCACCAUCAAGUGUUUUCAAACAUACAGCAGAAUUAUCAGCCCCUCGUUUAUUUUUUUCCCCAAUGUCUGUUUAACGGAGAGAUUUUUUUCAACACAUUUCUUAACACAAUAGUUUUAAUAACUCAUUUCUAAUAACUGAUCUCUUUUAUCUUUGUCAUGAUGACAGUACAUAAUAUUUUACUAGAUAUUUUUCAGGACACUUCUAUACAGCUUAAAGUGACAUUUAAAGGCUUAACUAGGUUAAUUAGGUUAACUAGGCAGGUUAGGGUAAUUAGGCAAGUUAUUGUAUAAUGAUGGUUUUUUCUGUAGACUAUCGAAAAAAAUAUGGCUUAAAGGGGCUAAUAAUUUUGUCCUUAAAAUGGUUUUUAAAAAAUUAAAAACUGCUUUUAUUCUAGCCAAAAUAAAACAAAUAUUAUCUGACAUACUGUGAAAAUGUCCUGCUCUGUUAAACAUCAUUUGGGAAAUAUUUAAAAAAGAAAAAAAAAAAUUAAAGGGGGCUAAUAUUUCUGACUUCAACUGCAUAUGAGUUUUUUAUUCUUCUAAACACAAAAGAAGAUAUUUUGAAGAAUGCUGAAACUCGGUAACCAUUGACGUCUAUAGUAGGAAAACAAAUACUAUGGAAGUUAAUGGUUUGAAAGAAAGAAGAAAGAAGCUUAAACAGGUUUGGAACAAGUAAAGUUGAUUACAUUCUGACAGUAUUUCCAGUUUUGGGAGAUCUCUUUAAAUGAACAUCUAAUUAACUGUUAUUUUCUUUUUUCCAUACAAUCAUCUUCAGGGUAACACUGGUGUGUUGCUGGGCAUGCUGCUGGUUUCAUUGGUGGUGCUGGUGGCCUUGGUUACAGUGAUGUCUGGUGUUGGCGUGAGUGAAUGUUGUAGUGUGGGAAACGGCGGGGUUUACUCCAUGAUCUCCACUGUGCUAGGAGGCAGGAUUGGAGGAACUGUGGGACUCCUGUAUGUUUUCGGACAGUGUGUGGCUGGAGCGAUGUACAUUACGGGUUUUGCUGAGUCCAUUGCGCAGGUGUUAAGUUUGCAGAGCACAUGGGUGGUGCGGGGCAUCUCUGUGGCCGUUCUGCUCGGUCUGCUUGGGAUUAAUCUGGCCGGGGUCAAAUGGAUUGUACGCCUUCAAUUGGUUCUGCUUGGGAUUUUAGCAAUGUCAACUUUGGAUUUCGUCAUCGGGACUUUUAGUCAUCUUGAUCCAGAGCAUGGAUUCGUGGGCUAUUCGGAGGAGCUGCUGCGUAAGAACACCCUGCCAGACUACACAGCUGGCGAGACUUUCUUCACCGUGUUUGGUGUUUUCUUUCCUGCGGCGACAGGUGUGAUGGCGGGAUUCAAUAUGAGCUCAGAUCUUCAGAGGCCCGAACACAACAUCCCUGUGGGAACUCUCGCCGCAGUCUGCAUCUCGUGGUUCCUGUAUCUCGUCUUUGUGUUCUUACUGGGAGCCAUUUGCACCAGAGAGGCUCUGCGCUAUGAUUUCUUAAUAGCGGAAAAGGUCUCCUUGGUUGGUUUCCUGUUUUUGCUGGGCCUCUACAUCUCCUCCCUGGCCUCCUGCAUGGGCGGCCUGUACGGUGCACCCAGGAUCCUCCAGUGCAUCGCCCAGGAGAGAGUCAUUCCAGUUCUCGCAUUUCUUGGAAAAGGGCGAGGGCCCAAUAAGACACCUGUGGCUGCCAUCUGUCUGACCAGCUUGAUCACCAUGGCCUUCAUCUUCAUUGGCCAGGUCAAUGUCCUGGCUCCCAUCGUCACCAUUAACUUCAUGUUAACCUACAGCGUCAUUGAUUAUUGCUAUUUCUGUGUGGUGAAAACCUACGAGCUGCAAGUCCAGCAAAGGAAGAAGCUGAUCAGCAGGUCGAGCUCCAGAAAAUCACUGGUGUCCAGCACUCACCCCCGUUAUGGCAGCGGUGGAGCCAUCAGUGACCCUGUGAAUGGGACACUGCUGCAGUUCACCAAGGACAUGGACCAGAUAUUUCCAUUGCCCAGCACAGAAGAACAGAGAGCCAGUUCUGCCUCUAAAGCCAGAGGCAGGAAGACAAAGAUUCCAGCUAAAGAAAUGCUGAUAAAUAGUUUUGGGUUGGACUUGAACAGCAACGGACCAUUAGAUAAAGGAAAAGAUGAGAGAGAGCUGGAACAAACUGCUGGAUUGGAUGAUGAUACCAGUGGCCAGAUAGGACUGAUUGAGUCUGACCCGAAAACAGGAGACCAGAGGAAACUGUCCUUGCCUAAUUCUGGCGCGGAUGAACUUGAACACCUCCCAAAAGAGAAGAUAGACAGGAACGGUUCAGAAACAAAUCUCGAAGAAUCCGAAAUCAGAUCAAUUCAAAAUUCAGUUUAUGCCAGAUUUUGCAACCCCUGGGUUUCGUUAAUUGGUGCAUUGUGCUCUUUUAUGAUCAUGUUCAUUAUCCAGUGGAUGUACGCCUUGAUUAACAUUUCAGCUGCCCUUAUCCUCUUUAUCUACAUUGGAACAACAAGCCCAGGUUUGCCAACAGGUGCUGCAUCUCACUUCAGCUUCUUCAAGUGGCUCAAGACAUCACUGCAUAAUUUGGGGAGGCAAAAUGGGGCCCUUCAGGACCAGAUUGUGGUGACACCGUCUUUGUCAGCUGUUGGCAUGGAGACCCGGCAGCUGACAGAGGAAAAUGCAGACUUUGCCCUCCGUGAUCGGUACCAUCACUCCUCCUUUAUCACCACCACAGACAAGAUGGUCCAUCCUCAGUCCAACUGAGUAUGAAGCAGCUGUGCCCUGAUGACCAGCUGGACUGAAACCAUGGACACAUGGGACAUAAUAAUCUUGACUGAUCACUGAAUUGAGCAAGUACUGUAUUUUUAUUUACUGCAAUUGUCAAGUACUUGGACUGAGUUUUAUUUUCCUGGAAAAUCUGAAGAAAAAUGUUUCGGGAAUGUGCAAUCAAAUCAUGCAUUUGUGUUCAGUGUGCCGUUGUGUGGGAAGAAUAUUUAUAAAGAAAAUCAACGAA